AUGGAUGCGGCAGACGUGGCAUUCUUGAGCCUGGACGAGUUGACACUGUCCCGCAUUGGAAAAGCAAUCGACGAGGAUGCCGAAUACCGCGCAAUGGCUGUCAACGUUGGCCUUUGCUUCGGAAUAAGAUCGACGGAGUCUGGGACCGGGAUGGUCUUUGUCCUUGAUAGAGGAGCGACCAACGUGUUCUUCGAACCGCCAUCCUCGAUGAAGCCUCAAUUCGUUCUCAAUGCCGGGACACAUCAUUGGCAACAAUUCUUUGCCGCCGUCCCCAAGCGACCUUUCCAGUCCUACUGGGGGAUGCUCCGUGUGCUUGGCCAACCAUCGGGGGUCGAAGUCUGCGGCGAUGUCUCCGCUUUCACUGCUCAUGCUCCAGUCUGGAGACUCGUUUUAGAUCGCGUUCGAGCAGCCAUUAGCCUCCUCUCUCCCUCAACCAGCCAGACCGGGUAUUUGGCCGAUGAUGAGCUGGACGAUGACUCUAUCAUCGGUCAUUAUACCUGGAUCACUCUCCCACAGCUAGGGAAAUGCAAGGUCUUUUAUGAGACCUCGGGCCAUGGAGGCCAACCGGUCCUUUUCCUUCACACAGCCGGCGCCGAUUCCAGACAAUUUCACUCUCUCAUGCAAAACAAGCAGCUCCAAACCAAAUGCACUAUGUACGCCUUCGACCUUCCUGGUCACGGCCGAUCGUUUCCCGGAACUCAGCAGUAUCCUCUUUCCUAUUCCCAUUCCGAAGAAAUCUACGUCUCGGCCAUCGGACAAAUGAUUUCCAAGCUGAGGUUGAGUCGUGUCAUAGUCUCGGGCGCCAGCAUGGGAGGACAGGUGUGUCUCGCGGUCGCCCUUCGAGCACAAGAGCUGGACAUCAGGGGCGUCAUUCCCUGCGAAGGAUGUGACUACCUCCCGAAGCAGCAAGCUCAAACAAUCUACUCUCUCGUCGGUGACGAAGCCAUUCUCAAUCCCGAGCGAGUGUGUGGAAUGAUGUCACCGACCUCCCCGGCGAUGUACAAGCGCUUGAACUGGUGGAUAUAUUCGUCUCAAGCGAGCCAAAUAUUUCCGGGGGAUCUGAAGUUUUACUUCGAAGGCUGGGAUGGGAGGGACCGAAUGGGAAAGAUUGAUACCAAGAGAUGUCCUGUUUACAUGCUUACUGGGGAGUAUGACUAUAGUUGCACGCCUGACAUGAGCCGAGCCACUGCUGCAAAGAUCAAUGGUGCUGUAUUUGAGGAAAUGAAAGGCCUGGGACAUUUUCCCAUGAGCGAGGAUCCGAAGAGGUUUCUGCCAUACUUCAUUCGGGCUUUGGAGCAUAUCAGCCAAGAGGCGAGAUGA